AUGUAUUCACAAAGAGCUUUUAUAUCCAUUGUGGGUCCGAAGAUCUUGCGGCCAAAUUCAGAAUAUCAUGUAGCAGUGAGUACACAAGGGAACGACAUCGCCAACUACAGUAGUCGUAGACGUUGGUGUUAUUCAUUUAUUUUUAGAUCGGCGGACGUUGGUCCUGGUAAUUACAAUCUAACUGCUCGAGGUUCGGGUGGCUUAGAGGUUUUCAACACCACGACACUAGAGUACGUUCACAAGAGUUAUUCGGUAUUCAUUCAAACCGACAAAGCCAUCUAUAAGCCGGGACAUAAAGUGCAGUUUAGAGCAAUUGUGUUAAAUUACCAUUUGAAACCGACCGUUACGGGAGCUUUGGACAUUUACAUUACGGAUGGCCAAGGCAAUCGUGUGAAACAUUGGAGCAGAGCGCUAACUACCCGUGGAGUCUUUUCUUCAGAACUUCAACUAUCUGAGUCACCGGUGCUCGGUGAUUGGAAUAUUGUCGUCACCGUACUGGACCAAGUAUUCCACAAAUCAUUCUUGGUGGCUGAAUACGUUUUGCCAAAGUUUGAAGUGACCAUCGAAGUGCCUGAACACACCACGUUUAAGCAAUCUGUCGUGUCUGCAACCAUUCACGCUAAAUACACGUACGGUAAGCCCGUUAAAGGAGAGGCCACUGUUUCAGUUUACCCAGAAUACUACAGUGAUCUCAUACAGCCUAUAUACCAAAACCCGUUGAGAAAAGUCGUACCAAUUAAUGGCAAAACAGUUGUGCAAUUUGAUGUCGUUAAAGAUCUUAGUCUAAACGACGAGUUCAGACGAAUUAUUACUUUCGAUGUCACUGUCGAAGAAGCUCUCACGGGCAGGUCUCAGAAUACAUCGGCUAACGUUAUGUUUCACAACUACAAAUACAAAAUGGAUCUCAUCAGAACAUCAGAAUACUUCAAGCCUGGACUCAAAUAUACAGCUUUUAUAAAAAUGAGUCAUCACGAUGGCACGCCUGUAUACGAUGACAGGAAUCCGGUGAAAGUUUGGCACGGAUUUUCGCAUGAGACUGAAAAGCUAGACGAAUCCAAACACAUGUUGCCAAGAAAUGGUUUGAUUCCACUUGUCUACUAUCCGCAGAUCAAUGCAUCAGUGAUCGUCAUUGAGGCAGAGUACUUGAACCAGAGAGAAGCGUUAUCCACGAUCUUACCAGCACACUCAACCAGUAAUACAUUUAUGCAAGCUACCGUUCUGACCGAACGCCCUACGGUUAAUAAAGAUGUCGAAAUACAAGUGAACUCGACGGAGAGUCUGCAGUAUAUAACUUACCAAGUUCUCGGCAGGGGUGAUGUAAUCGUAGCUAGUACCGUGCAGAUUCCUAACGCCGGUCAGCACACAGCCGUUAUCCGGUUCUUGGCCACAUACGCUAUGGCACCCACCGCCCACGUUAUCGUGCAGUUUGUCAAGGAUGACGGUGAGGUAGUCGCCGACGCUAUCGACGUUGAACUCGAUGGAGUGUUGCAGAACUACAUUAACGUGGACGUGAGUCGCGAUGAGGUAGAGCCUGACACCUCAGUGGAUAUAAAUUUCGAAGCCAAACCGAAUUCAUACAUAGGCGUAGCUGGAAUCGACCAGAGCGUUCUGUUACUGAAAACCGGCAACGACAUAUCACACGACAACGUAUUAGACGAACUUAGAACUUACGACAACGGUGAACAUUCCAAUUACAUGCCGUACCUCAGAGAAUCGUUGGAUAGAAGUUCGAUGUUUUGGUGGCCAGGUUCGUACACCGCUCACCAAGCGUUCGAUAAAUCUGGAGCCACCAUAUUGACCAACGCCUUCGUCAAUGAUUAUAAUCCUUGGGUUUACUAUAGGUCAAAUGUGAUGGAUGACCAAGAAAUGAUGCCGAUACCAUCCACUGUUUCCGAAACAUCUUCAAGCAUCAAAGUGCGGAAGAACUUCCCCGAAACGUGGCUAUGGGAGUCCACUGAAUCUGGGCAAGACGGACGAACUUCCAUGAAAUCCACGGUGCCAGAUACGAUCACGUCGUGGGUGAUCACUGCAUUCUCAGUUGAUUCACUCUACGGACUUGGUCUUCUCGAUUCACCCAAAAAGCUAAAAGUAUUCAGACCAUUUUUCAUAUCCGUCGAUUUACCAUACUCAGUGAGAAGAGGCGAGUAUGUUUCCAUACCGGUGGUGGUGUUUAAUUACCUGAGCAAAGACGUCACAGCUGACGUGACUUUAGAAAAUAUCGGUCAGUUCGACUUCGCCGACACCUCCAAUGAUGUCCGAGAUUCAAAAUUGGAAUUGUACAAACGGAAAUCAUUAACUAUCAAAUCGAAUAGUGGAAGUCCAACAUCGUUCCUAAUACAAACCAAAGAUCUAGGUUACAUCAGCAUUAAGUUGACAGCUACCAGUAAAUUGGCUGGCGAUGCUAUAGAAAAGAAGCUAUUGGUCAAGCCGGAAGGAGAAACCAUUUAUAAAAACAAAGCGAUCUUUGUCGAUCUCAGAAAAGAAUCAUUGUUUGAAAAAAACAUAACUUUAGAAAUUCCUAGCAAUAUUGUUCCAGACUCUGAAUUAAUUGAAAUCGGAGCAGUUGGUGAUAUUUUGGGGCCAAGCACAAUGAACUUGGCGUCUUUGAUCCAAAUGCCUUUUGGAUGUGGUGAACAAAACAUGUUGAAUUUCGUACCCAAUAUCGUCAUUUUGGAUUACUUGAAAAAUACAAAACAAUUGACGACUGCUGUCGAAACAAAAUCGUUGAAAUAUAUGGAAACUGGGUACCAACAAGAGUUAACGUACCGCAGAUCAGAUGGUUCUUUUAGUGCUUUCGGAUCGGCAGAUGCUAGUGGUAGUACGUGGUUGACCGCUUACGUUGUCAAGUCAUUCAGACAGGCAAUGCCAUAUAUACCAAUUGAAGAAAAAAUCAUAAUCGAAGGUCUACAGUGGUUGUCUAACAAUCAGGCGAAUAAUGGUAGUUUCCCGGAAGUGGGCUAUGUCAGUCACAGUGACAUACAGGGAGGAUCCUCAAAAGGACUGGCACUCACCGCCUACACACUUAUAGCAUUUUUGGAAAACCAAAAGGCCACUCCUGUUUACCGCAAUACAAUUAAUAGAGCCGUAGAAUAUUUAGUGAGAAACCUACCGGGAGUAGAAGAUCCGUACGCGAUCGCCAUCUGCUCAUACGCAUUGCACUUAGCCGAUCAUCCGGAGAAAAAUGUAGCUUUUAACCUACUCGAAUUGAAAGCUAAUACUGUUGAUGGAAAAAAAUGGUGGAAACGUAUGGAUCGUGCUAACGACAAAAAAAAUCCAUGGGUCCAAGAGCCUAAUUCGGUUGACGUAGAAAUGACCGCAUACGCCUUGUUAACCUAUUUGCAAAGAGAACUUGUAGAAGACGGUUUGCCGAUACUACACUGGUUGGUGUCUCAACAAAACGAUCAAGGAGGGUUCGCUUCUAGCCAGGACACGGUGAUAACGUUGUACGCGCUUUCUCAAAUGGCCGAGCGAAUUACUCCGGGUACUUUAAAGUUAUCUGCCACAUUUUCUUACAUGAAAAAUGGACAAUCUGAACUAAAAGUAACCAAAGAUAACGCCAUGGUGUUGCAGUUGAUCGAACUCCCAAAGCGCACUCGCAUCUUGAACGUGACAGCCACCGGUACUGGAUUAGCCAUUAUCAAAGUGUCUUACAGAUACAAUGUAAACGUAACCGGUGCUUGGCCAUUGUUUUCGCUAGAUCCGCAAGUGGACAAGAACUCGAACGCCAAUCACCUUCAGCUUUCCGUCUGUUCCGGUUUUCGAGGGGGUAAUGACAGCAACAUGGCAGUUAUGGAAGUGACACUACCCUCAGGUUUUACUGUGGACAACGACGCGUUGCCCAGCCUCCGAUUGUCCAACAACAUCAAACGCGUCGAGACCAAAGAUGGAGAUACCGUCGUCAUGUUGUACUUUGACAAGAUGAUGGCUGAAGAAUACUGUCCGACUAUAUCAGCGUUCCAAACACACAAAGUAGCCAAUCAAAAGCCAGUGCCCGUCACCGUGUAUGAUUAUUACGAUCAGUCGAGGCGUGCCAGAGUUUUCUACUCACCGAGAAAAGCGACUCCAUGUGAAAUAUGUGAAGAUUCCGAUUGUACCAAAAUGUGUGUACAAACCGAUAACCCCAAAUCCGGUGCUCCGUCACAGUUCCAUAACGGUUUGCAGUUGACGUUCAUCGUUGCUUCGAUUUCAAGUAUCUUACUUGUUAGACGUUAAUAUUUUAACUGAUAUGAUGCGCACAAAACAUAAAUAUAAUUUUUUUCAUAUACAUUAUAUCCAUAUAUAUAUAUAUAUGCGUAAUCAAGAGGAAAAUAAAUUGGUAUAUUUUCACAAUAUUCCUAUUUUUUCCAACAUAUUAAUAUUAUUUUAGAUUGUUAAAAACUCAACACAUUUUUUUGUAUGUAUGUAUUCGCUUUGCGUGCAAUUUACAUAAUACUAUUACGGUUUGUUUUUAUUUAAGUAUUUACAUUUCCAUUAACUUAUUGAAUAGUGUAUUAUUUUAAACAUUAUUAUUAUAAUAAAUAAAUAUUAUAUAAAAACUUUUUGGAAAAUAAUAUAGGCACUUAAAAAGAAAAAUAAUAAUGAUAAUUUCCAUGUUUUAAGAAACAGACACUACUCGAAGAUUAUAAUAUUAUCUGCAUGCAAAUCUAAUCAAAUACUCGAAAAAGUUUACAUUAUCUUAAGUAUUUUAAUUUAUAGUAUUAUUAUUAUUGUUUUUUUUUUUAAUGAUAUUUAAUUUAUAUUACUAUACGAUAGCUGACAUACCUACCUAAUUAAUACCUAUCCAUGUACACAAUAUUAUUAUAAUAGAAAUGUGAAUUAGAAAUUUACUUGAAAGUCAAUUUACAAUAAUAUGUAAUAACGAACCUUACAUUUUGUAAGCCAUUAUGCAUAUUAUAAUCCCUGAUUCCGAAUGAAAAUUCAGUAAAUUACAUUAUUAUGUAGGAUUUUUUUUCAUUAAUAUAAAGACUGAUUGACAGAUGUUAUAAUUAUUAUCAAAAUAAACACCUUCAAUAGGCAAUUACUAAAUCACUAAUUAUGAUAACAGUUUUAUUGUUUGUAAAUACUAAAUUGAAAUGGUACUUAUAAUAAAUAUAUAAAUAUUUAUAAAUAAU